UCCUCUCCCUCUCCUUCCCUCGCUCCACUCGUCGCCGUCGUCGUUACUGCUCAGGCUUGGGCUGCUGUGCUCCGCCAUUGCCGCCAUCGUCGGCGAUCUUCCAUGGGAACAUUUAUCUGCGGUCACGUCGACUCCGGAAAGUCGACCACCACUGGUCGUCUUCUUUUCGAGCUCGGCGGUAUCCCCGAGCGUGAAAUGGAGAAGCUUCGCCAAGAAGCUGAGCACCUCGGCAAAUCCUCCUUCGCCUUUGCCUUCUACAUGGAUCGCCAAAAGGAAGAGCGUGCCCGUGGUGUCACCAUCGCUUGCACCACCAAGGAAUUCUUCACUACCAACUACCACUACACCAUCAUCGACGCUCCCGGCCACAGGGAUUUCAUCAAGAACAUGAUCUCUGGUGCCGCUCAAGCUGACGUCGGUCUCCUCAUGGUUCCCGCUGACGGAAACUUCACCACCGCUAUCCAGAAGGGUGACCACAAGGCCGGAGAAAUCCAGGGUCAAACUCGUCAGCACGCCCGUCUUCUCAACCUUCUCGGUGUGAAGCAGCUCGUUGUCGGCGUGAACAAGAUGGACUCUGACCCUGCGGGCCCCUACAAGAAGGAGCGCUACGAUGAGAUCGCCAACGAGAUGCGCAACAUGUUGAUCCGUACCGGCUGGAAGAAGGACUUCGUCAUGGGCAACGUUCCCGUUAUCCCCAUCUCCGGCUGGCAAGGAGACAACUUGCUCAAGAAGUCCGCCAACAUGAGCUGGUACUCUGGGCAGGAGGUCACUACGCAAUCCGGCAAGAAGGUCAAGGUCCACACUCUCCUCGACGCUCUCAACGACUUCGCCGAGAUGCCCGAGCGUAAGAACGACGCCCCCAUGCGUGUCCCCAUCUCUGGAAUCUACAAGAUCAAGGGUGUCGGUGAUGUGCUCGCUGGUCGUGUCGAGCAGGGUGCCGUUCUCCCCAACAAGGAUGUCAUCUUCGUCCCCACCCACACCGCCGCCAACGCAUGCGCUGGCAAGGUCUUCACCGUCGAAAUGCACCACAAGAAGGUUGAGAAGGGUCAGGCUGGUGACAACAUCGGCAUGAACAUUAAGGGUCUCGACAAGAACAACAUGCCCCGCGCUGGAGACAUCAUGAUCUACAAGGACGACAAGUCCCUCAAGCCCGUGAAGUCGUUCGUUGCCCAGAUCCAGACCCUCGACAUUCCCGGCGAGGUCAAGCCCGGAUACUCCCCCAUUGGAUUCGUUCGGUGCGGUCGCUCUGCAUGCCGAUUGAAGGCCAUCAACUGGAAGAUGGGCAAGGAGACCGGUAUGAAGAAGCUCGAGGGCGCUCACUCCUUGAAGGCCAACGAGGCCGCCGAGGUCGUCAUGGAGCCCAUCCAGCCUCUCGUCGUUGACUCCUUCAAGAACUGCGAGGGUCUUUCCCGUAUUGCCUUCCUUGACGGUAACUCCGCCGUCAUGUUGGGCAAGGUUGUCAGUGUUGAGUUCCGGGACUAAACCAUCGGUCUUGUGAAAGCCGCCAUGUCAAGAAUCAUAACAACACCCACCGCGUUUCUGAACCCCAUUUUGUCCAAGCGUAUUUUGUUAAAUAUACUAAGUUAGUUCUUUUUUUUGUAUCUAAACUUUUUCGUAAGAGGAUUUCAAAACGAACAUUCGUGUCAUUGCGUGUGCUGCGUUCUGUUUGUGGCGUUGGUCGAUUUGCGAGCCGCCAGUUCUGUGUGCGGCUG